AUGACAGACGCCCCAAGUGCUUCGAUUGAUGCAUCUGCCAUUCAGCUGGCGUGGGCUCAGCAGAUCCCUGCUCUGGUCCGUGGCAGCGGCGCGGGUAUUGCUCCAACAACAAUCGACCUGCUGCCACUUUGUGCAGCUUUCUGGCCUAUCAAAGCAUCGCGGGCGUGGAGGCUUGAGGAUUCUCGACCGCUAACCCCCGCACUUGGCCAGCGCCCCCAACGCCAACGGCUUUGUGCCGGGUCGUUAGACAGAACGUCGAAGCUAACGGCUGUCCACGCGGCAUCCUUCCUCGACUUUACUGUAGACCUCCCUGAUCAAGAGCGACGAUCCAUGCGAAACGGAGUUUUGGCCUCGGAAAACGUUGAUCUCGGCGUCUUCCGCGCCUUGGGACCGGUGCCAACGGCCUGCGUGGGCAUUGAGGCGUGCUCAUGUCAUGUGGUGGCCCGCUGCGUAAUCGGCGAUUAUUAG